GAGCUCAGCAACGCAACCAAGAAGUCUGAGACCAAACUACGGGAGAGGGCGCAAGCAUUGCGCAACGUUGAUCUCUACAUCAUUUUAAACCCCAAGACCCUUCAGCAGGCUAGUCCUGAGUGGAUCGACAAGUAUGCGAGCACCACCGAGAUUUCAAACUUGCUUGGGGGCUACCAGCACAUGUUGGAUCCAAGUGAUGAUGAAGGUUCAGAUGAUACCGCUGAGUAUAGUUUGCCGGGGGACGAAGAAGGACUUCGAU